AUGGACGACGAGGGAAAAAUGGAGGAGUGGAAACUUCAUCUACUCAACGUCGAUUUCCUCUACAAAGUAGGGAAAGAAGAAGAUCUGUUUUGGGACUCCCAGAACGCCCGUCAAAAGAAGAUCAGCGAUUCAACGAAUAUGUCAUUGACCUGCAUUCAGAAGAUCUUCUCGGUUCUUAACCACAAGCAUCGGCUCGAGCGGCACAGCAAGACCGAAAUGAGUGUCCAAACGUUCUGCGACCUCUAUGACAAGCACUACCGAGCAGCCAAUGACAACGAGAAGGUGAGUGAUACUUUCGUUGACACCGCCAUUACCAUGGGUCGGUGGGACGGGUACAAGAACGGAUGGCUAAAGGCGGACUACCUGUCCAAGCGGGCACUACAGGGGGAAAGCUUUCCGGGGGGCACGGUCAACAUACUCUUGGGUAUGAUGGAGCUGAAGACGAUCUUGCUUCAUGAGACUUCGAAGCCCUUCGCUUGGGAACCUGAGAUCCGCAAGAAGAUGGAUGAGGUUUUCGCAAGCCACGAGUCAUACCGGAGGUUCUGUGGUCACAAAAACCAGAAGAUUGACCUGACCUUCAAAGCAGGCUGGCCGAAAUCCGCUCUGCAAUUCUUCGACCAUAUCGAGAACUGCUGCUUCAACGAUAGCUACCUCGCUGCCUACAAACAGCUGCUGAAGAAUCGCAAGUCCGUUGCCGACUGGGUUGAUCAUUCGGACCUUGACAAGCCUUUGCAAGAAAUACAUCAGCUUUUCGAGGAUGAGAAAAAGGAGAAGACGAAUGGCGAGGCACGUCGAACGGCUGCGGCAUCGGAGAACGAUGAUGAGGAGGCCAAGCUCCUGAAGGCCGCUGCCGAGACAGAGGACGACAAGGAGCAUGGGCAUCUCAAGGUGUCCAUUCAGGUUGUCAAAGUGGAGUAUGAGUGGGGUGGGGGCAAUGAUCAACGCCCUCUGGGGUUUGACUUUCUGAGACCCGAUGACGAUGAUCGCCGUCCACCUCCCCCGCCGCCACGGAUGCAUACAGCUACCACACACCCGGAUGAUGACGACGGUGAGUCUGAGACUGACUGGAAUGAGUCUCCGCGGAUCCCGUUUGCGGCCCUUCCUGGAGCUACCUCUUCCAAGAUCAAGCUGCCGGCAACAACCAAGAAGAAGGACACUGAAGACGAGCAGGCCAAGCUCCUUUCCGGUCUCGAUGAUGAGGAGGACGUGAAAGCAUCCGACAUGCUCAAGACCCUGAAAAGCACCGCCGUUUCCGAGUGGAAGGGCGAGGAGAGGCUGCAACGCAGCCAAGUGUUCGCCUUCCUCCCCUUCGUGAAGGACCCCGAUGAGACAUGGCUUGUCAGCUAUGCUGAGAAGAAGAAAAUGUACGGCAACCAGAUUAUCAGGGUGGGCGGCAAGAACGAGCCAGACGAUUCAUCAGGCGGCCGGCGGCAGGACAAGGACCUGGAGCCGUUUUGCUAUCACUCGCUUCCCGUAGAGGAGCUGCUGUAUGAUUACAACGUCGGGUACCUGCUCGACCUCAGCGUCAGUGACGAUGAUGCAGAAGAGAACGAGGAGGAAGAGAAUGAUGACGAUGACGAAGGUGAGGACAGUGACAAGGAUGAAGAGGCUGGUGGAGAUGAUGAUGACGAGGAAGAAGAGACAAACGUUGAUUCAGAUGAGGAGGAUGAUGAGGAGGAAAAGCCCAAGAGAGGAGCACUGGAUGAGCGAGCAGGCUUGAUGGGAGUUGCCGACAGGAUCGCGGACAUGCAGCCUGAUGCCUUCAUGCUGGAGAAUGUUGUCUCGAUCGCUUCCAAGAAGAAUCUGAUAAAUGGCGAUCAUCUUUACAACAUCAAGAUACAGGUGCUGGAUGCCUUGCAUUUCGAUCUGCCUCAAGCUCGUCGCCGUUUAUGGAUCGUCGGCUACAAGAAGAAGCUAGCAGGGAAUCGUCGGCAGCUUCUCCUUCCCCAGAGGGACAUCGACCAAGCGGAGACGCAAGUUAUCCGAUAUUUUGCUGAG